CACACACACACGCACACACACACACACACACACAGGCACACACACACAUACACACAGAGAGGAGAUACUGCUGCCGCUGCUUCCUCCAGGAGUCUGGAUUUUAAAUAUGUAUUUUGUGAUUUCUGACAUGAAAGCUCAGAUUGAAAUCAUUCCCUGUAAGAUCUGUGGAGAUAAAUCGUCGGGGAUCCACUACGGUGUCAUCACCUGCGAGGGCUGUAAGGGUUUCUUCAGGAGGAGUCAGCAGAGUAACGCCGCCUACUCGUGUCCUCGCCAGAAAAACUGUCUGAUCGACCGAACGAGCCGCAACCGCUGCCAGCACUGCCGUCUGCAGAAAUGUCUGGCUGUGGGCAUGUCCCGAGAUGCUGUAAAGUUUGGUCGGAUGUCCAAGAAGCAGCGGGACAGUUUGUACGCGGAGGUUCAGAAGCAUCGUCUCCAGCAGCAGCAACAGCAGCAGCAGCAGCAGGGUUCCCUCCUCGUGUCCCACCCCGGUCUCGGCAGCCCGAGCCCGGGCGAGUCUGAGCCGCUGUCCCCCCACUACGGCCUCUCCUCCACGGGCCUCACCGAGCUCCCGGACGAGCUGGGAGGCUACAUGGAGCAGAACUCCCCUGAAGGAGGAUCAGUGUCGUCAAAGACGGACUCUGGAGGAGGAGGAGGAGGAGGAGGAAGUGGUGGGUAUUACCUGGACAUCCAGCCGUCUCCGGACCAAUCAGGACUCGAUAUUAACGACAUCAAACUGGAGCCGCUGUGCGACUACAGAUCCAGUAACGGCUUCUUCCCGUACUGCUCCUUCAGUGACGGAGAGACGUCGCCGACCACGUCAAUGGCCGAACUCGAUCACCUGGUUCAGGUCAUCUCUAAAUCUCACCUGGAGACGUGUCAGUACCUGAGGGAGGAGCUGCAGCAGAUGAGCUGGCAGAACUUCCUGCAGGACGAGGUGGAGAGCUACCAGAGCAAGCCGCGGGAGGUGAUGUGGCAGCUCUGUGCUGUAAAGAUCACCGAGGCCAUCCAGUAUGUGGUGGAGUUCGCCAAACGCAUUGACGGCUUCAUGGAUCUCUGUCAGAAUGACCAGAUAGUGCUGCUGAAAGCAGGUUCUCUGGAGGUCGUCUUCGUCCGGAUGUGUCGGGUGUUCGACUCGCAGAACAACACCGUCUACUUCGACGGGAAGUUCGCGGGUCCGGAGGUCUUCAAAGCUUUAGGUUGUGAUGACUUGAUCACGUCGGUGUUUGAUUUUGCUAAAAGCAUGUGUUCGCUGCAUCUGUCCGAGGAUGAGCUCGCUCUCUUCUCAGCGUUCAUCCUGCUGUCUGCAGACCGGACGUGGCUGCAGGAAAAGCUGCAGGUGGAGAAGCUGCAGCAGAAGACUCAGCUGGCUCUGCAACACGUCCUGCAGAAGAAUCAGAGAGAGGACGGAGUGCUGAACAAGCUCAGAUUUAAGGUGUCAGCGUUGCGUUCGCUGUGCAGUCGUCACACAGAGAAGCUGUCGGCGUUCCGAGCCGUUUACCCGGACAUCGUUCGGACACACUUCCCUCCUCUUUAUAAGGAGCUGUUCGGAGCUGAACUGACUCUGCAGCCCGACGACUGAACGGUGACACACACACACACACAAACACACACACGGAGCCGACGGCACCGAGCUGCUGUGUUCAGAGAGACCGAGCUCAGUUUAACAACAGCGACGGAGGUCGGGACGAUGACUCCCGGGGGACGCGGCCGCUGCACUUCACCCGGACAGUCGAGCGCUGCUGGUUUCUGUCCUCACCUCCUCCUCCUCCUCCUCCUCCUCUUCCUCCUCCUCCUCCUCCUCCCGUGGCUGUGGGUUUGGAUGCUGUAAGGAUUCAGGUGGUCUCUCUCCACCUGCUUUAACACACAUCUGGUAUCAGACUCAAUGACACUGAAUCUGGUCGACGUCACCUCUUCUUCUUCAGUUGCUUCAUUUUCAAGUGUGAUAAAAUUGCUCAUCAGAAUGGUGCUGCUGGGAGUUUGCUGGUGAGCUGUUGUCACUCGCCGCUCUGCAAACUAAAAGUUAAAGGUGCCCUGUGAAGUUUUGUUGUAAAAGACAGAAAGUUGUGUUUACGUUCAGUGUUACUCACCAAAACUAAACGUGUGAAUCCUUAAAGUCUAACGAACAUGUUGAACGCAUUUGCAAACCUGAUUUUUAAAGUGUUUUAAAUCCUGCAUUGUUUACAUCUUUUCUUUCUUCUUCUUUUGACAAAUAAAACACCAUGGAUGGAUUAUGAGACAAAGGACCUCUGGGUACAGGAUAUAUAAAGCCCCCCUUAUACCUAUCAGAGCAACCUCACCUUUGUGUCAGGUUAACACAUUUUGUUUUUGCUGGAAAGGAAAACUUUCCUGAAACUUCCUGCCACAGACUGGUAGGUGGUUCAGUAAUCCAUCCAUGGAAGACAGAGGUCAGAGGUCAGAAACUCCACAGGGUAACUUUAACACAACGUUUGUGAAACAGUUUUUACUCUUGAACUGUCCGACUCUCUGUACCCUCCAAGAUCAGUAACAUCAACACAGGUUGCAGUUGGUCAAAGGUGCAAAUUUUAUAAAUACUGACUGAGCUUUAACAGUGAACGCCACAUCUCACCUGACAGUUUAUGUUUCCAUUAAAAUAUUGCUAAAACCUCUUACAGCUGAAAUACAGCAGGCACAGACGCGACGCAUCAUGUAGGUUUGUGUGGUUGCGUUUCAGCCACUGAGUUUAGCAGAGUGAUAAUGCAGCUGGUUAUGCAGAGUUUGGAAGUGCAGACUAUAUUAACUGGUACUGAAUAAAUUAACUAGAUUGCUUUAAAUACGGCAUUAUGGAUGCACAUUUGACUGAUUUAUUUUAAUGUGCAAUGCACUGCUGCGUCGCAUUGCCCCUGGUAUUCAUUUUAUGUAGUUUUUACCUGUUUGAGGGCCAACCGCAUGAAAAUAGAAAUGAUUGACCGUGGUCAGUGUAGCAGUUGAUUAUAAUGCUUUCCCACAAGUUUCUUUAAACUCAGGAGGGAAAAUUUAUACAUUACAUUCACUGAAUCAUAUUUAUCUUGUAUCAUCUUCUCCAUGUUUUCUAUGACUGCACCAAAUAUUCUACAGUAGAUGUCUUCUGACCGAUUUAGUAUAAUUGGAAAAAGUCUCGACAAGAAUUUAAAACACAGUUUUAUGGGUUUGUGUUUAUGUUUGGCCAAACAUAAUAUCUGGAUUCAGUAGAUGAAUGAAUACAUUCCUCCUCUGACUGCCUCCCUGCAUCAGACGCAGCAGGCAGCUGGUUUCUCUAACCAGCAGUUAGUCUGUAGCACCAUCUGGUGGCUUUGAUAGUGAAGUGCAGGUCGUGUUUUCUCCUGGGAGUUUUUAUUUACUGCAAAAAGCAAUAUUUGAUUUUGAAGUUUAAACAGUUUUUAUGUUGCAGCAGGAAAAUACAAACACUCAGUGCUUCAGAGGAGGAAACAGAGCUGCAAGCAAACAUUAUUCAAUAAGUUUUUCAUCCCUGGAAGGACAACUGUAUGCAGCAGUGAGCCAUCUCUGUCGACAGAUACAGUCAAUAGAUAGGAGGAAGAAGAAAGCAAAUAUACAGUUAAUCACAAUCAAAAAAUCAAAGGCUAUUAGUGUAAAAACUAUAUGUGGAAUUAGUAAUUAAUACAUUGAUAAAUAUAUCUAAAUAUCUAAAAAUAAAAUAAAAUAAAUAACCCAAAACAUCUGUCAUCAUCUGAUAAAUUGCUUUGUCUAUAGAAUAUUGGAAAACAGGGAUAAGUGCUCAUCACAAUAUCCCAAUAUAGCACUUUACAAAGACAUAAAAUAACAGGUCAAAGAAUUAAAAAAUAUCAAAGAUUAAAGUAUUAAAAUAUUAAAAAUAAAA